AUGGUCGGACUCGGAACUUCUGCUGCUACUUGGGGUCUCGAAAACUUCGAUGACAACUGGGAACAGAUUGCCAACCACGUUGAACUGCGGUCUGGCACUGCACGCGAUCCAAUCACUCAGACAGAGAACCCUGUCCUUUCUGAUUGCUUUCCUUGCUCAAAUGGCCGAGAGCCUUCAGUUGCUGCUGCUGCUGCCGGACGCUCCAUCGAGGAGAUUCGCAAGGAGCUCCGUGGCCAGCUGGAGAAGGUGGAUACUACACGCGACGGUGAGCAACAGGUUCAAAAGCCCAAGGAAUCGUUAGCCACCGUCGGCCUGGCAACUUCUGCGGCCCGUGCCGACGCUCUCGCAUCUCACGAGGAGCGCGAAAUGACCCGCCUGGUCGGUGCCGCCGUCAAUGUCACUCUGCAAAAGUUUGAGAUCAAGCUGCAGCAGUUCAAUGAGAUGGAGGAGAUCAUCGAGGCUGAGCGUCGGGAAUUGGAGCAGGCCCGCCGCCAGCUUUUCCUGGACAGAAUGGCCUUCAAGAAGCGGGUCAUGGAAGCUCAGGAGGCGUUGAAGGUUGUCAGUGAUCAAGGCCCCAACGAGCACACCAAUGCCAUGCUUGCUGGUGCCGCCACUGCCGGCAUUGGCAACACUUAUGGCUUCCAAACUCCCGCAGGCGAGGCUCAGCCAAGUGUGCAGCCCUUGAGUGCAGAGGGCGGAGCGGACUUCAAAUCACUCGACUUGUGA